UGCCAUCUGACAGUUAGAGAAGUAACUACGGUAAUGUGAGACGUGUACGAAGUACGAAGUUAAUUAUUCUGGAGUACUCUGAAAUUUAUUUUACGAAACAUAAUCGUAAGUCACUGCUGACAUGCGUAGCACUAAACAAAUAUAAAUUUAACAUUCCUUUGAAAAUAUGUACUUAGAUAUUAUUUUUGUACGAAAGACACCAUGUGCUUUUAGCCCGUUAUAGUUACACUGAUUUUAAUAAAAAAGAUGGAUGUGGAUCGUAAAGAAAGUACGGAUCUGCUGCGGCCGAAACAAAGGCAAGAAGCCAAUGGGCGGAAAGCCAGUGUAUGGCAGGAAUCAGGUGGUCCUCCAGAUGGUGGCCUCCGCGCGUACAUAGUGGUUAUUGCCUCUUUCUGUACAAACGGGCUCAUAUUUGGCAUUAUCAACUCUUACAGCGUCAUAUAUCUUGUACUCUUGAAACGCCUGGAAUCUCAAAAUGUUGACGGAGCAACAGUUAAAGCUUCACUAUGUGGCGUUUUGACCAUUGGAUGCACCUUUGCCAUUUCGCCUGUCUCUGGCAUUCUCUCGAAUUUCCUCGGACUUCGCACAACUACAAUGGUAGGCGGUAUCAUCGCCACAAUCGGAUUAGCGCUGUCAUCUUUCUUCGUGGAUAACAUUGACGUACUCUGUGUCACAUACGGUAUUAUCUACGGCUUAGGAGCCUCACUCGCUUACACUCCAUCCCUAGCUAUUCUUGGGCAUUACUUCAAAAAAAAACUUGGUAUAGUUAACGGCGUAGUUACUAUAGGUAGCUCUGUUUUUACUGUAAGUUUGCCGCCCCUUAUGGAAUAUAUGAUAAAUAAUUAUGGUCUUAGUGGUAUGUUCAGGGUGUUAGCUGUCUUUGGAUUUGGCAUUUUCCUGUGUGGUAUAUUGUUCAAGCCUGUUGCUAUAACCAAACCAGUAAACACCAAAAAGGGUGCCUGGCCAUUGUUAAGAAUUAUUAUGGGCGUAGAGUUGUGGAAGAAGAGACGAUACACGCUGUGGGCUCUAAUAAUGCCUGUGGCUUUGUUUGGAUAUUUUGUUCCUUAUGUUCACAUAAAAAAAUAUAUUGAAGAUUUGAAUUUCGAAAAUGAUAUUAAUAUGAAUCUCCCAUUGCAAGGUUUAGCAGUAACGUCUGCCAUAGGGAGGUUAAUUUUUGGAUAUCUGUCAGAUAGGCCCCGUGUCAAUAAGAUUAUGAUUCAACAAAUUAUGUUUUACACAAUCGGCACGUUGACAAUAAUGUUGGCUUUUGCUAAAGCAUUUUGGGUAAUAGUGUUAAUAGCUUUGGGUAUGGGAGUAUGUGAGGGUGGUUUCAUUGCUUUGAUAGGACCAAUAGCUUUUGAGCUGUGCGGCUGCAAGCACGCCGCGGAAGGAAUAGGUUGUAUGCUGGGUUUGGCGGCCUAUCCUCUUUGCUUCGGCCCUCCCUUGGCAGCUCACCUAUAUAGUACGACAUUAACUUACACCCUACCGUUCAUUUUAUCCGGCAUCACACCGAUUGUAGGAGCAAGUUUGAUGUUUUUAAUUUACUUCCAAAAACGUAAACCAAACCAAACCGAAACAAACGGACACGCAAUAUCUUUAGAACGAGCAUAGUGUUAAAAUUUUAGAUCUUUAUAAAGACACCUACGGCGGCGGCGAUUAUGUUUUUAAAUUGUACGAAAAAAUAUAUUUAGUCAUCUUUUGAAUAAUGUGCUUAUUUACAUAGUGCAGAAUAACGGUGGGCACACUUUUAACAACAGUGUUCCAUUCGUAUUGAUUUUGGACCCUGAUUUGCAUUACUAAAGAAGGUUUUUAGACUGAUUUAUUUACCUGUGCAUUUACAUACUAACUCCGUGAAGUCUAUCAAAAUGAUAGAUAGCGAAAAAUUAACAAGCUUAGAGAAAACCUAUGCUCCCUUGCUUCUUAAUUAAAAAUAUGCAUUUUGUGCAAUUUUAUAAAAACUGCCUUGGAAAAGAUUGAGAAAACAUUUAAAGUGGGAAUGAUAUACGUCAAUUAAUUAAUAUUCUUAGAUACAUGGCGGCUUCAAUAUGAAGUUGUUUAGAUCUUUAUCGUGAGUAAAAUAAAAUUGUGAUUGCGAAAAUGAAUGGUGCGUAUUUAGUGUAGAUAAUGUAGGUAUAGGAAUUAUUGUAGAUGGUAGUAAGUAAUGCAUCGUUGACUCCAAAGUUAUUCAUACAAUUUCCUGACAUAGUAGUGUAUAUUUUGACGGAGAAAUAUCUCUGAGAUGGAAUUCGAGAUGAAAAAUGCAAACAAACUACCAUCACUGUCAAAGUGACACUUCAUAGAUUUUCAAACAUUUUUAUCAGAUUUGCCUAUUAACAGAUUCUAUUUUGAUUAGAUCAGUAACAUAUAUUAUUGCAAAAAAUACUCUUGUCGGUUAAAUAGCAUAAUUAAUAAAAUAGUAUUUAGAAUCAAUAAAAUUAUUCUUCUUUCUUUCGACAUAAAUGUCCUAACCGUAACCUAACACAAUCAACACUCGUUCCUAGCAACGUUAUCGAACUAUCUACUACUACUAGUAGGUAUGUUUUCCUUUUCACAAUCUCGAGCGUGUCAUUCCCUUAUAUAUUGCCUCCUGAUAUUCGUUUUGUCCUGGAGUGAUUUAUAUAUUAUCAAAAGCUUAUUACAGGCAUUUAUUUUUGUCGUAAUAGUAAAACGCUCUCUUACGUCAUCUAUUUAUAAGCCAUUAAAAACCAUACAAAUAAAAUGGGCAGCUAAAGGUUAUAUAUCUCCGAAAUAUUGUCAUUAGGAUACAGUAAGAGUGCUCUAAAAAAAUUACAUUUUUACCAUUUAAACAUAUUAUCUUCUACAUACUUACUUUUUAAGAAAAAAAGGAAUUUUUUUACUUCUUUUCAAAUUUGCAAUAUCAUUAAAAAAAUCUAUUGAAAUGGUUUUCACCUUUGUUUACCUUUUUGAUCUUGAAUUCCAUGGCAGAGUAUAAAUUUACAUCUGUUUAAUAUUUUCAAGAUGGUUGCUUACUUACCUAAUUUUCAUUUUAUUGUCUCCUUUAUGUUUCUCAAAGCCAAAUUUCCACUUAUAAUGUUACAGCCAAAGUACAAUAAGUUACCGAUUUUAGUUCCUAUUUAAUGUUAAACAUAAUGUAUGUUUUAGGUAUCUAAGUUUAAUAUUAUAAGAAGUCUAUUAGUGGAAAGAAAAUAAAAACAAAAACGACAAUAACGAUUGACACCUGAGGCUCCUCCAAUAUAACAUUGGGUUUAAAAAUAUAUGAUUUUAGUAAUCGAA